GGCCGUUCUCCCGGGACGCUGGCUGGUCACGCUCUGGCAGACGGGUGCUGACAGCUGGCGGGAGCGGGGGGAUUGACGUGUCAGCCCUCACGGCCUUGAAGGAACAUAAACAAGGACAUGGUGUUUGUUCACUCCACCCUGCCCGGGCCCCGGAUCCAAGCACAAAACAGAUUUAAUCAGCUGUUCAAACGGCUCUGGGGCCUAGCGAAGAGAACGGAAAUCCCCAGGCCUCCUAGCACAACCUUGUCAUGCUCCCCACCUGCCACGGACCCGCCUCGCAGAGUCGUGUGUGGCCAAAGUGAAGGGCGCCCCAAAUUGAUUCGUGGAGGAAACUUCAACAAGGGCUGGCUGUCAGCUUCUGGGCUUCUCCAGGCCUGAGCUAGCUGGGAAAGGGGCACCCGUGUCGUUGAUAUCCAGCUGAUUACGCCCAUGCACGUACUCCGGCAGCAGCAGGAGUUCACCUCACUGGAGGAGAAGCCGCAGUUUCCUGGAGCCUCGGCCGACUUUGUGGACAAGCUGGAUUUUAUCCAGCCCAAUGUGAUCUCAGGGAUCCCCAUCUACCGGGUCAUGGACCGGCAGGGGCAGAUCAUCAACCCGGACGAAGAUCCCCAGCUCUCGCAGGAGCAGGUGCUGAAGUUCUACAAGACCAUGACGCUGCUCAACACGAUGGACCGGAUCCUGUACGAGUCGCAGAGGCAGGGCAGGAUCUCCUUUUACAUGACGAACUACGGGGAGGAGGGGACGCAUGUGGGCAGCGCCGCGGCGCUGGAUGACGCAGAUCUGGUGUUCGGGCAGUACCGGGAAGCAGGCGUGCUGAUGUACCGGGGUUACCCCCUGGACCUCUUCAUGGCCCAGUGCUACGGCAACGUCAGCGACACCAGCAAAGGGCGCCAGAUGCCGGUGCACUACGGCUGCAGAGACCGGCACUUCGUCACCAUCUCGUCCCCGCUGGCCACGCAGAUCCCCCAAGCCGUGGGGGCCGCCUACGCCUUCAAGCGGGACAAUGCCAGCCGGGCCGUGAUCUGCUACUUCGGGGAGGGUGCGGCCAGCGAGGGUGACGCCCACGCCGGCUUCAACUUCGCCGCCACCCUGGAGUGCCCCAUCCUCUUCUUCUGCCGCAACAACGGCUACGCCAUCUCCACGCCCACCUCAGAGCAGUACCGCGGCGACGGCAUCGCGGCCCGGGGCCCCGGCUACGGGAUCAUGUCCAUCCGUGUGGACGGGAACGACGUCUUCGCCGUGUACAAUGCCACGCGGGAGGCCCGGCGCCGAGCCAUCGCCGAGAACCAGCCCUUCCUCAUCGAGGCCAUGACCUACAGGAUUGGGCACCACAGCACGAGUGACGACAGCUCGGCCUAUCGCUCGGUGGACGAGGUGAACUACUGGGACAAGCAGGACCACCCCAUCUCCCGCCUGCGGCACCACAUGGUGGGCCGAGGCUGGUGGGACGAGGAGCAGGAGAAGAGCUGGAGGAAGAAAUCCCGCAAGAGGGUCAUGGAGGCCUUUGAGCAGGCAGAGCGGAAGCUGAAGCCCAGCCCGCAGCACCUGUUCUCGGAUGUGUACUGCGAGAUGCCCUUGCACCUGCAGAAGCAGCAGGAGGCGCUGGCGCGGCACCUCCGGCUCUACGGGGAGCACUACCCCCUGGAGCACUUCGAGAAGUGACGCCCCGCGGGGGGGGGAGCCUGCACACCCCGCCCCCUCCUGCACCAGGGAGCACCCAGCACCUGCCUCGAUUUCCCCCGGGCGUGAGCAAGUCCUGGGGGCGCGGUCACUGGGGCAGCGGGAAUUCCUAGCUCGGACAGAGUGCCCCCCCAGGCGUCACGGAAACCCCAUCUCCGGGAUCUCCUCCCCUCCCGCAGGCUGGCGGGUCCCCUCGCUGUCCUGCCUGCGGCCUCCCCAGCCCAGAGUCGGGGCGCCCGUGGCCCCGGUGGGCAGGGAGGGGACAGCUUGUCCCUGGAGCUGGAGGGAGCUGCCCCCAG